AUGGUUGUACGGCGGUCUGCUGAAACAUCAGGGUAUUGCAACGCCAAAAGAAGGGGGACGUUGCUCUUCAAUUUUAGUGCAGUGUCACUAAGAUGCAGCAGUGGACAUAUUUUUGAUGAGCAAAGAUUUCAAUUACCAAAACACCCUUUAUCUGCUGAUGAAAAUGGUGAUACACCUAAAGGAUUUGAAAAAUCUCGGCAUUUAAAACCACCCGAAUCUUGCUUCGUGGUUUUUUCGGUCAAAGUUGAGUACAAGGUAAGUACCUCAAAAGAGGAGUGGCAGCUAUGUUCCACAGUGGAAACGAAACCAAUCCUAUCACGUUUCAAUAAGAGCAACCGUAAAUAUACGACUUGUUUGUUAAAACAUCAAGAACGGUUACCGCUGUACCUUAUGGGACGCCGGCCGGCCGCCAGCCACAAUGGUGUACCGACGGGUAGCAAAAGCGAUUUUAUUCCAUGUACGGAAACCGAUAUCGGUGAAAACAGUUGUGCGUGCUCCCAGUGCGCUCAUCUUUCAGAAUCCCAUUUGUUUAAGAUCGCGAUAGACACGGCAGUGAUAUACAACGGUAAUGUGGUUUACGCGGGACAUGGUUUGCGUCUAUUACGUGCAAAAGAUUUAUUUGGGACACGGAUUGCUUUUGAACUUUUCGGUGAUUCAUGUAUUACAGAUGCUGUUUCCGGGUGUAGUGUAUCUGAUGCGUGCGUGUUUGUUAACAUAAACAUCAAGGACGUCAAAUUUAUUUCGUCUACUAAACAAUACGACAAUAUACACGCACCAAAUCUAUCACUGCAAUCUCAGGAAUCUUGUACUGAUGCCCAAGAAUAUGGAAGUGUUCAGUGUUUGGAGAAAUACACGCGAAGCGGCUCAUCUGCAAUUGUAAGUAGAGAACAAUGUCCACGCAGCAGCGACAUCCCUAUGUCGCGCGAUUCUAUCUCAGAUUCGGAAUUAGUACCACUAAAAGAAUGCAUAACAUAUCACUUAAGUCCAUCCGAUAUGAUUGUGUCACCCUCACAAAGUGUAACAGCCAAUGAUAUAUGUGCUGUGUAUGUGGGCAGCGACCCUAAAUACAGGGUGUCUGUAUUGGACAUAAACAAUCUCGUCAACAAUGUAUGCAAUAGGAACGAUCUGGACGUUGUUGCUCAAACAAAUGAAGAUGAAUUAGUAUUGAAUAAACCUGACACCGCAAAUAACGCAGUGGAGGAUGAAAAUGGGCUGUCUACUCAACUCAGCGUCACCCCUAACUCACCCCACAUUCCAGUCGGGAGCCCAGAGGAUAAGAUUGUGGAAAAUGAAGCGUUAAAAGUCAAAGCAAACGACGCUUGGUCCUUUAGUUCGCAAUUUAGUACGUUUUUCGGAGGUGAGAAUCAGGAGCCUUCAACAACGCAGCAAGAUUCUGACGCUUCCAGACCUCUAAUCAAUGUAGCAUCGGAAAAUAAAGAAAAAAUCACGGAAGCGCGCGAAUUAUCGACAUUUGCAAUGACUUUGAAACUGCCUCGAAGAAAUCAUCACACCUUUUUACUAAAAAUUGGUCACCUACAACGUAAGCCAGGUCACCUGACACUGGAGCAUUCGACUGGAUUGGUUUUAGACAGAAUAUUUGACGGCAUUGCCGCAACGUUGAAGCGUUCCUCAUGCGGCUUCUCUGUCAAGCGAGUAUGGAUAGAGGCCAACGAAGCGGGGUCAUUUGUUUGCGCUCUCACCAUCCCUGACAAGGGUGGCGAUCUGGAUUACGCCAAGCACUUAACGCAACCAUUCUACAACUUACCGCUGGAUGCUAUAGGGGAGAUAGCCAUUUUAUUGAAUACUUUUAGCUCCAACGAAUCGGAGGGUUUACAAUACAACGCACUGAGGGAAAUGUUUAUGAAGUUGAAAAUUGGAUGCGAAAUGUAUGUGUCCGUUUGCAUGGCAGGAAAUAACCUAGACGAAGUGACACCAUUUGAUUGGCACGAGCCUGACUCCCACGCACCAUGCCUGCGUGCGACUCAGUCCGAAACUGCGGCAUAUGUCGACACAGCUUUGUCCAACGCCUUGGAUACCAUUUCUAACGAUGAGCAAGUUAAGUGCGAAAGCGAGAGAGACAAAAUUUCAUUAGGGUCUUGGAUAAAUACGAUAAAAAGGAUAAUGGUUGAUAAUGAAGGAAGCACCAUACAGAUUACGUCGCCACGGACAGCCCUCCCAAUAAACACUAACCAAAGGUGGGCUAUAAUGCUAAAGCGAAUGUUGGAAAGCAUUAAGACCGAUGAAAACGAGGAACUUUGCAGUGAUGCAAUUAAAUUUAUUUGGCCUGUGGCGCAAUAA